GCAGCAGCAUGGCCAGGUUGGUAUCUUGCGAACCGGCGCCAUGGAGCACUAUGGCAGCGAGACGUGGACGAGCUUGGGCGUCGGCGUCGCGAUUGGCCUCGUGCUCAUUAGUCUCCUCACGCUGUAUCCUGGCGAGCCCUUCGAGUACACGCCGGACGCUUUGCAGCGCGACGCGUCGCCCUCCGUUCCCACACCCGACGACGACGACAAGCGCUGCUUGCCAGCGCCGCCGCUGCAAGCUGCAGACGCGGACGAACGCAGCGCGGCUGCAGCCCGCGUCGAGAAGAUUCAGGCCCUCCUCGGCCUGCAAGAGGCCGAGAUCCAGUCGGCGCUGGCGGCGGCGCAGCGCGCAACGCCUCCUCGCCCAACCGCCACCCGCACCAACUACAUGGCGAUCGCCGACAAGUGCGUGUACGCGGUCUUCUUGGGUCUCUUGCUGCUCGUCGCCGAGCGCGAGUACGGCAUCAACGUCGCAGCAGUGCUGAGCUAUGUCUUUCCGCGCGAGGCCGCGACCGUGCACCAGCUGUGGCCGUGGACGACGCCGGUCCACGCCGCGCCGUAGCGCUUACUGUCGACAUGAAAUAAGACUACAGAUCAUUACUUGUUGUUAAACGAUUAC